AGAGCAGGCAGGCGCCAACUCGCGCGCGCGCGUCGCCUUCUCCAUCCACCACCAUCCAACCCCCCCACGCGGCCACUCCUCCACGCACACACCUCUCUCUCUCUCUCUCUCUCUCUCUCUCUCUAUUCCAAUCCAGUCCUGAAUCAGUCCACCCCUUUCCUUCGCUCUCUCUCUCUAACUGCAGAUUUCCCUCCCCUUUCAACGCGCGCGCGGGUGGUGGGGGGAGGCACGGCACGAGGCGGAGGCGGCGGAGGAGGUGGUGGGAAUCGAUCCCUUUCUGUUCCGGCCGCCUCGAUCGCCCGCUACCCGCACGCCGCCUUUUCGUCCCGGUGGAUUUCUGCCUCCCUUUUCUCGAUUCUUUCCUUUUUCUUCUUCUUCUGCAUGCGCGGCGGGCUGUGACGCCGACCAUGGGGGACGCCUCGGCAUCCACCUCCGCGCCCGCGACGCCCACGUCCACGCUCAUCUGCCGGGAGGAUGGCAACGACCUCUUCUCCGCCGACCCCGCCGACGACGAUGGCGGCGGCGGCAGCGGCGGCGACUGGGAGUUAUCCAUUGCUGACGACGACCAUGUGUUGCUCAUGGACCGGGACGAUGAGUACCUCGCGCUGAUGCUGUCCAAGGAGAGGUGUGCCGGCGGCGGCGGCGGCGGCGAGCGUGGGGAUGAGGAGGAGGAGGAGAUGGUGGAGGAGUGGAUGAAGAACGCGCGCGCCUGGUGUGUCGGCUGGAUUGUUAAGACGAACGCGGGAUUCCGGUUCAGCUUGAAGACGGCGUAUGUCGCGGUGACGUAUCUCGAUCGGUUCUUGGCGCGCCGGUGUGUCGAUAGGGACAAGGAGUGGGCGCUGCAGCUCCUCUCGGUGGCGUGCCUGUCGCUGGCGGCGAAGGUGGAGGAGCGCCGGCCGCCGCGGCUGCCGGAGUUCAAGCUGGACAUGUACGACUGCGCGUCCUUGAUGCGGAUGGAGCUCCUCGUCCUCACCACGCUCAAGUGGCAGAUGAUCACCGAGACACCCUUCUCCUACCUGAACUGCUUCACCGCGAAAUUCCGGCACGACGAGCGGAAGGCGAUCGUCCUGCGCGCCAUCGAAUGCAUCUUCGCCUCGAUCAAAGUCAUUAGCUCGGUGGGGUACCAGCCAUCAACGAUCGCUCUAGCAGCAAUCCUCAUCGCUCGGAACAAGGAGACGGCGCCUAAUCUAGACGAGCUCAAGUCGGUCGUGGGCUCGUUAUGGCAGCAACUAGACACCGGGCAUGUGUAUUCCUGCUACAACAAGAUGAUGAUUCAAGAGGACAGGUCGAUGCAAUCGACGACGGAGGUAGCUUCCUCGGGUGUCUCUGUUGCCCACAUUGGGGGAUCGGAGGACAGCGCCAUGGGAGGGGCCAAUAAUGCCACCACCUUGGAGGCAACCCCGGACAAGAAGAGGAAAAGGUUGCACUCGCCUCAGCGCCAGUAGAGGGAGGAGCUGGAGGCUGGAGCUGGACAGCAUGUUGGUUGGAGUCCAGCUCUGCAAUUUUUAGUUGAUCAUUUUCACCCUUUUUCUUUUGUUUCAGCUGAGCCCUAGUCAGUGCUCUUGCAAGUUCAGGGGGGGUUGGCCAAAUGGAGGGGCCAACAUUUGAUUCUUCUUCUGAUUAUGCAAUUGUUACAGUUGAUUGAUUAGUUAGCAAUGGAAAGAUUCUGGUUUUGUGGAGAUCUUUCCCUGGCCCAGAAAGGUACUAGUGUAAAGAGCAGAGGAAAAGGCCUGAAAACUGAUAAAGAGCUCUUGCUCAAAGUAGGGAGGAAGUCCUCACUGAGAUGUGGAGACAGAGAGAGGGAAUCCCAAUUCCCAAGUAUUGAGUAGAAGUCAUUUUUUGUGGAUACUGUAUGGUUAUCUGUUACUCUCUGUUGAGUCAUGCCAUUUUGGUUCAUUAGCAAUUUCCUGAUGCUAAAGCCAAACAGUGGUAGUACAUUUUUGUUGCAAGAACUGAUUGAUAGUAGUUGGAUAGCCAGGGGGCAGGGGCCAUCUCUCUCACUGUACUUCACUCUA